AUGGCAGCAUCAGUAGCAUCACAAGAGAACGACCUCCCGACCUUUACCCUCCCCGACUAUGUCAAGUUCUUUGGCGCAGGCGCACUCGCGGCCACCCUCACACAUGGCAGUUGCCCUACUGACAAGCCUCUCCAAACUCCCUCCCAGGCCGCCACGCCCAUCGACGUCGUCAAGACGCGCAUCCAGGUCGACGACGCCCUGAAGGGCUACAACAUGGUCCGCGCGGGCCGGCAGAUCGUCGCCGGCGAGGGCGCCGCCGCCCUGCUCACGGGCUUCGGCCCCACGGCCGUCGGCUACCUCGUCCAGGGCGGCGGCAAGUUCGCCGGCUACGAGUUCUUCAAGCGCCGGUUCAUCUCGGCCGCGGGCGGGCCCGAGCGGGCCACCGAGCACCGCACCGCCAUCUACCUGGCCGCCAGCGCCUCGGCCGAGACCCUCGCCGACGUCGCCCUGUGCCCCCUCGAGGCCACGCGCAUCCGCCUCGUCUCCCAGCGCGGCUUCGCCACGGGCCUGGCCUCGGGCUUCGCCCGCCUCGCGCGCGAGGAAGGGUUCCGCGGCUUCUACUCGGGCUUCGUGCCCCUGCUGUUCAAGCAGGUGCCCUACGCCGUCGGCCAGUUCUCGGUCCACGAGGCCGCCGUCGAGAUGAUCUACCGCGCCAUGGGGCCCGAGCGCAAGGCCCGCCUCACCCACAUCGAGUCCACCGGCGUCGAGCUGUCGUCGGGCAUCGUCGCCGGUAUCGCCGCCGCCGUCCUGUCCCACCCGGCCGACACCCUGCUGUCCGCCAUCAACAAGGGCGCCGGCGACCCCAAGCAGAGCGCCACGAGCCGCAUGUUCUCCCUGGCCCGCGAGUUCGGCCCCAAGAGGCUGCUGCUGUCCGGCCUCGGCCCCCGUGUCCUCAUGACCUGCGGCCUGGUCUCGGGCCAGUUUGUCAUCUACGCGCAGUGCAAGGCGCUCGUGGGCGCGCCGCCGAGCAUUGAGAUUCACAAGGAGCAGGCGAUAUAG